AUGAAAAAAGGAACUGGUGGAGGUAAAAUAAAGACAGCUUCUAGUCUACGGGCAGCUGAAAAUUUAAUUUCAAAAGGUUUCAGUAGUGGAUUUAUUGGUUUUAAUGCUGUUGGAGGAAAUAAUACGAAUGUUACAGUUGAAGAAAGUGAAUUGAUAGUUGAAAAUUUGGGAGAGGAGUAUACUCAUGAGUUAAAAAUUUUGUUAAAAAAAAUAGAAAAAAAAGAUAAAUUGACAAAAGAAAAAGGUAUAAAGGAAUUGAAAGAAAUUGUUAUGAAGAAUGAUAUUAGUGAAAAUAAACUUAUAUAUGAAGCUUAUGCUGUUAUGUUUUCAAAACUUUGUGCCCACGCAUCACCAACGAUUAGAUCAUUAGCUAUAGAUCUUUUAAAAAUACUUAUAUCUUCAUUGAAAAAAGAUGCUUCUAAAAAGUUAAAAUUAGUUAUGCCUUACGUUAUUUUUUCAACAAGUGAUGCCUCAAGUCAAGUUAAACGUCAAGGAGAUUCUUUAAUUGAAGUAUGUUUCCCUGGUAAAAGAAACCAAAUAUUUGUUACAUUCAAAGAACAAUUAGAUGAUUUAUGUAUGGAAAUUAUUAGUAAAACACAUAAAUUAAUGAAACCACAAAAGUUUGUUGAGGAUGAGACGGAUAAACAGAGAGAAAGUAGAUUAAUUGCUCAAUCACUUGGUACAUUGUUGAAAUUAAUAAAAUAUUUAAACGAUAAAGAAUAUAGUAAAAAAUUGAGUGAAAAAUUUUCUAAUCCCGUUAUAAUAAAUCAUCUAACUUCAUUAACAGUCAUCGUUAAAACAACAUAUCUAGAAUUAAUUUUGGAACUGUCAAAGGAUAAUGAAGAAUUAUUUAUUGAAACAAAGUUGUCAUCAAUUAUAUUGUCAAAUUUGGAUAACGAUGAUAUUUUAUUUUGCAAAGCUGCAUUUAAUUGUUUUUUAAAAUUUGCCCAAAAUGAUAAAUAUUUUGAGAAGGUUGAUAUUAACAAAGCCAUCAUUCCAAAGAUAAUAAAAAUAGUUAGAAGAUGUUACAUUAAAUGGAGUUUUAUUUCUGAUAAUUUAUUACCAGUCUUUGAUAUUAUUUGUAAAAGAAAUAAAGAAAAAAAACAAUCUUUUACUGAAUCUAUUUUAGAUAGUCUUUUGGAAAGAGAAAUAGAAAAGAAAACAUCUGAUUCAUUUGUUCAGUCAAUAAGUGAAAUAUAUAAAUAUUCCUUAUUUACAUCUGGGGAUUUAGGAAUAUGGAUAUUUAAAAAAGGAAAAGAUAAACAAAUUAUGGAAGAUGAAAAAUUUGAUAUGUUAAUUGACUACAUGAUAAAAGGAUUAGUUGACAAAUUUCCAGAGUUUGAGGAUUUUGCUAUUAAAUUUUAUGAAGCAACUAAUUGCCAAAAAUUUAAAAAAGAUUUGCUUAAUUGUCCACAAAUUUCUACUGAAUUGUAUUUAUCUUUUACUGAAAAAAAAUCUGACGGUUGUCAAAAUAUUUCACUUGAACCAUUAUUUAAAAGAUUUGCAGAUACAGAAGAUCAAACAAUUAAGGUUCAAAUUUUACAAAAAUCUUUAAAUGAAAGUAAUGAAGAGGAACUGUGUGAAUAUUUUAAAAAACAUUUAAAUCUUAAAGAUCCAUUUACAUGUUUGGCUGUAAUACAAGCUAUAGAUGAUACUAAUAUAAAUAAGUUAAACAUUGAAACAGUCAGAGAGUGUAUUCUAGUUAUAUAUAAUGCUGUUGGCAAUAAAAAAAUAUCUGGUCUUGUUUUUGAAUCUCUAAAACAUUUAUACAAGUAUUUUGACAAUAAUCUUUAUGAAAAAACUUUUUUGUCUUUGAUAAAAGUAGCAUCACCUGAUGUCUACUUGGCAUUACUAGAUUUACUUGCAAAUGGAAACUACAUUCCAGACAUUGAAGAAAAUUUAAUUUGUUUUUUGUUUAAACUUUUAUUGAAGAUUAAAAAAACUAUUUCACCAGAAUGUAGUGAACGGCUUAAAAAAAUUUUUAAUAUGUGUAAUGAUGAAACAUAUAAUAUUGAAGAAAUGAACAAUAUAUAUGAAAAUUUUUUAAAAAACAAGAAGAUUUCACGUAUAUUAGAAUUUUCUGAAAAUGCAAUCAUUGUUAGUGAUUGUAACUUUUUGCCUUUCUUAAUUUGGGAUAGUAAAUUUGACUUCUAUUCAAAAUUUUUAUCAAAGAAUUUUUAUUCAUUGUUGAGUGAACAUAUUGAAGAAAUUGACUGUGAAGAAAAUAUAACAAAUUUAGAUACCGAAGAAACAUUUUUAUUACUCUUAAAAAAAUGUUUAAUAUUUAAAAAAAUUAUUGAAAAUGGAAAUGGAUAUGAUGAGGAUCGGGGAAAAAAAUCAGUUUUAAUUGUAUUGGCUUUUAAUAGAAUUCUCCAAUUAAUCAAACAAAGUAGUUAUAUAAAAGAUCUUACUUUGGAUUAUACAUUUAACAUAGAAAAGUAUGAUGUGAAUGAAUUAAGUUUAGUAUUACCUGAAGAAUAUAGAAAUUAUUCUUGCUAUAAAAACUUACUUAUUAAAAAUGAAGUAAGUGAAAGUAUGAAACCAAGUAGUAAAGAAUUAAGAGGAUUAAUUGAGAAUAAUGAAUUAAGAGAUAAAAUAUAUCUUGAUGAUGAUUGGGAAGAUUGGAUGUUUUUAUAUACAGAAGAUAAAAAGAAGCUCAAAUCUUUAAAUUACAUUUUAAACAUUUUUCUUAAAGAUGCAGAUAUAUUUAAUACUAUUUCAUUAGAGAAUGCUGAUGAUUUUAGAGUUUGUGGAUUAGUAACAUUAUUUAGUUACGGUGUAGAAAAUAUUGAUAACAUUAUAUCCAAUGAUAAUAGUAUAUCACUUCAAUUAUUUAGAAAUUCUAUAAAAAUAGGUUGUGAUAUAAUUACAAAAAGAGAAAAAGCGGCAAAAACAAUUAGAGGAUACCAUACAAUAGCAGAAAAUUAUGAACUUAAAGAAUGGAUUUUUGUUAUUCAAUCUGUCUUUCCAAAUAUUCUUAAAAUAUUUCUUCAUCUAAAUUCAAUGUCACCAUCAUUCUAUAUUUCUAACAUCAAUUUAAUAAAUAGUAUAUCUAAUUGUAUCAUUACAAUAAUUGAUCAAAUAAAAUGUGAUGAAAUUGUUCAAGAACCAAAUAUGACAAUAGAAGAUUCAACUAAAAAAUAUAUAUAUAUAUUUACAGAAUUGAUGCAAAAUAAACUUUCAGCUCAUGUUCAAAUUGUUGCUGCAUCUCUCUUUCACACAGUUUUACCAUUAUAUUUUUAUUAUGAAAAUAAAAAAUUAGUUGAUGAAACAAAAAAAGAAAGUGAAAAUAUUACAGUUGAUAAAUGUGUUGCCAUUUUACCACCUGUUAUAACAGCUUUGUUAAAGAAAGUUGACUUAGAACAAAUAAAAGCAGAUAGUGAAAAUAAUGGACUUCCUACAACAUAUAUACCAUUUGAAUUAUUAUUAUGGAAUAGUUUAAUUUAUUUCUUUAAAACACUUGAAGCUGAAGAAAAAUUAUUGUAUAUGGAGGCAUUAGAUAGUGAAUUGGUAUCAAUAGGAUUAGGUAUAGCAAUGUUUUAUCUUCCAGAUGUACCAUUUAGUCGUGAAAAUUCAAGUAAGAAACACUUUAAAGAAAUACCUAAAUUUAGAAAUUGCCAUGAAGAUCAAUAUUUAACUUUAUCUAAUUAUGCUUGUUAUGUAUUUUAUCAAACAUUAAAAACAAUUCCUGUUUUUAUUAGACAAUGGAUAAAUUUAUUACCAAAUUCAACUAAAGGUUCAAUAAAAGAUUACAUUGUAAAGUAUUUUUCACCUUCUAUUAUUGAAGAGGAACUUAUUAAUUCAUCAACAUGGAAAGAAAAAUCAGGAUCAAGAUUAUCAAUAAAAGUUUGUAAAGUUAUCAAGACAAUAGAAGCAUUUUAUGAAAUUGAACCUGGUUCAGGUAUGAAUCUUCGUGUCAUUCUCCAAGAUGAUUAUCCUUUAUCUUUACCAAUUGUUGAAACAGAUAAAUCUGUUGUAGCAAAGAAAAUAAAUAAUAAAUGGUUAAUGCAAGUAUCAACAUAUAUUUCUCAUCAAAAUGGUUUAAUUAUUUCUGGUCUACAACAAUGGAAGAGAAACUUUGAUAAACAUCUUGAGGGUAUAGAAAAUUGUUCCAUUUGUAUUAUGAUAGUUAAUUCUGUUAAUAAUCAACUUCCUCGUGUUAAAUGUAAACAAUGUAAACAUAAAUUUCAUGCUCAAUGUCUUUAUAAAUGGUUUGAUACAUCUAAUAAUUCAAGUUGCCCCUUAUGCCGAACUGAAUUUAUAUAA